CCUAAACACACUUCACUCCAGCCCUCCAGCUUGACUCAGGCGGGGAAACCCAAGAGCCUCCUCAACUUUCCCAAGGACACUAACCGGCUCCCACGCGCAGGUGUUCGUCUGCCUCCCGGGAGCAAUGCUGUUGCUGUCCCUGGUCGUGAUGCUGCUGCAGCUGGGCAGAGGCUGCUGUGGGCUCCCCUUCUACAAUGGCUUCUACUAUGACCAUGUCAUGAAUGACAAGGGCAACGGCAAUGGCAACGGUGAAGUUCAUUUCAAUGGUGUGAAGCUGGUGGUGGAGACCCCGGAAGACGCCAUCUUCACCUACCGUGGCGCCAACAUCACGCUGCCCUGCCACUACCGCUACGAGCCCAAGCUAGAGAUGCCACGCAAGAUCCGCAUCAAGUGGUCCAAGCUGCGGGAGGACAACACCAAGGAGCGGGACGUGCUGGUGGCCAUUGGGCUGAAGCACCGCAGCUUCGGCGAGUUCCGGGGCCGCGUGCACCUGCGCCAGCGGGGCGAGCAGGAGGCGUCCCUGGUGAUCAGCGACCUGCGCCUGCAGGACUACGGCAAGUACCGCUGUGAGGUGAUUGACGGGCUGGAGGACGAGAGUGGCAUUGUGGAGCUGGAGCUGCGAGGGGUGGUUUUCCCAUACCAGCCUCACCACGGCCGCUAUCGACUCAACUUCCAUGAAGCCAAGAAAGCUUGUGAGGAGCAGGACGCUGUGAUCGCAUCCUUCGAGCAGCUCUUCAAGUCCUGGGAGGAGGGGCUGGACUGGUGCAACGCCGGCUGGCUGCUGGAUGGGACAGUGCAGUACCCCAUCUCCCUGCCCCGGGAGCCCUGUGGCGGCAAGAGGCUGGCCCCUGGCAUUCGAAGCUAUGGCGAGCGCCACAAGAACCUGCACUACUUUGACGUUUUCUGCUUCUCCUCUGCUCUGAAAGGGAAAGUUUACUACCUGGUUCACCCAGAGAAGCUAACGUUGGAAGAGGCCAAGCAGGCCUGCCAGGAUGACGGGGCUGAAAUUGCCAAGGUGGGGCAGCUGUAUGCGGCGUGGAAGUUCUUCAGCCUGGAUCGCUGCGAUGCUGGCUGGCUGGCAGACGGCAGCAUUCGCUAUCCCAUUGCCUUCCCCCGGCCCAACUGUGGCCCACCGGAGCCGGGGGUCCGGAGUUUCGGCUUUCCCGAUAAGGGCAAGUUUGGGGUUUAUUGCUACAAGCUGAACUAAGGAAUGGGGAGGGUCUCCCUCUUUGCCAGUGGACACUUCCCUGCCUGGUGCUUCCUGGAUUUAAAGGAUCAGGUUUCCGGGUGUUGGGAUAUUUUUUAAUUUCAAUUUUUUUUUAAAUUUUACAUUUUUUUCACUAAAGGGAAACUUCUGCAGGUGGCUGGGCCCUGGCUUCUCACUAAUCAGCUGAUUGCCACCUUGGGAAUGGGGCACCAGAUCUCCUUCCACCCAGAGAGUGGAGAGAGACUGAGAUGGUAUCUCAGGUUGGGGAGCUUGGUGUCUGGUACCAGGUGGCUCCAUCCCUUGGUCACAAGGUCAUCUAGAUAAGAAGUGACAGGCUUACACUCGUCCACUUGGGCUAGACAGUCAUACAUCCAGGCAUCGGAGAAGCACAGAGCGCACGACUGGUUGACGGCAAAGGCAGAUGCCCCCUGGAUGUGCUCCAGUUUCACUGGCUCCAAAGGGGAACAGCUGUUUCUAAUGCACAGACUGCUCUGCCAUCCCAUCCCAGCCAAUCCCAUCCCAGCCAGCAUGGAAGGCAUCUAAUCAACUGCAAGCCGGAAUUUAGAGUAAGGCGGGUCACUCUCUCCCUAUCCCCCAGUUAAUAUGAGCGAAUGAUCAACCACACACAAGUGACUCACAGCUCAUCAAAGUCCUUCCC